GAGAAAAUGAUCUAGAACAAUUGAUUGGAUUUGAUGAAGCAGAACUAAAAGAAGUCAUGUCGGCCAUAUCUAUGAAACCUUUUCAUUCAGCAGCUUUUAAGAAAGGUGUUAGAGAAUUAAGGCAAACUCUUGCUACAGCUAAUGUUUAUCAUCAUAAUGCUCCGUUGACCUUUUCGAAUAUUUCGCCACUUUCACCACUUCAAACAUCUAUGUCAGUUCAACAUCUACAACAGAUUCAAAACAUUUCAACAAGCGCCCUUAAUGUUACGCCAGGAACAAAUAUGCCAGAUAUUAUUAAUGCACAAAGUUCAAAAGAUGUUAUUAUACAUCAUGCAACAAUUUAUGGUAAGAAUAGUAGAAGACAGUUGACAACAUAUGAGCAAGCGAUAAAUCAAGCAGCAAUUGAAUUGGCACUCUCAGACCCUGCAUUAGUAGCUAACAAAGGUGCAUUAUUUGAAAGGGCAAAAGCCAAACUUUUACUUGAAGGUUAUAAUUAUAAACGUGGACAACCUCGUUCAAAAUUAAAUCCUAACGCACCUAAACCUGGUGUUCGAGCAUCCAAAUCAACAAUUCGUGAGAAAAGGAACGCACAUGCUGCAAUAACAAGUGAAAAUAGACAAAUAAACAUAGCAGAACUUGAACGUAAAUUAAAAAUCAAAGAAACACAGCUUGAUCUUGCACAAGAAAUUAGAGGUGCAAAAACACAACAAGGAGAUCAGUUGGGAUUGGAAAAGGCACAAUUAUCAUUGGAAGAGAUUGAGCAAGAAAGAAAUGAAAUUGCUAAAGAACUAUCCGUUUUAAAAAACAAAGAGCGUAAACAUCAAUGGUACGAACAAAAGAAAAAGGAAAAAAUGGAUUCUAAAUUUAGCGAAAAUCUUUAG